GCAACGGCGGAGUACACGGUGUUCCAGUCGAACAAGUUUGUUCCGGACAUUAUGCAUUGCAUAGAGAUUAUGAUUAGAUCGCAGACUAGUUGUACAAAUUGCAUGUGAAAAACCUUCCAGGUCAACUAGGUAAAAAUGCCGACACAACCAGGCGAGGACCCGCAAGACCAAGAUUGCAAUUUGUACGACUAUUGCGGUACUACGUACAAUUUUCGCACAGGAUACCUUUCACCAACUUCGCCCACGAGAUGCCCAUCCUCCGCACGGAACUGAAGGAC